AUGCAUCUCGCGACUGUCUUCUUCUCCGCUUUGGCGGCUUGCGGCUUCUUUGCUAGUGCACUGCCUGUCGAGCCGAAGCGCGAUGCGGCCGCCGCACCCAAAGCCGACGCGGCCCCUGGCUUCAAGCCAGUCAUUGUGUGGGAGCACACGAACAGCGACGAUGACGACGGCAUGGUUUACCAGUGGCGCCGUAAGGAAUAA